UAUUUAAUAGAGAGAGUGCAGAUGAGGGAAAAUAUUAGAAACAAAAUGUUUGCAUAGACAAACAGACAUUAAUUCCAGUGAAUCAACUUUGUUGUUUUGAUUUUAAUAAAACGAACAUUCAAACUGGCAGGGAGAAGCAUUUAGGUAACUUGAAAAUGCACAGCUAUUCAUUCAGGUUUGAUGAUGGGGCAACAUCAUAUAUCUUGUCUGAUGAACUGUAGUAAGUCAGGGCACCUCACAUUUAGAAUCCAAGCCAUAAAUCCAGUGAAAAUCACCCCAGUCGUUCUUUAGACAAAACCUGACUUGUCCCAUAAAUGUGAAUAAUGCCUGUGUGAAAGAAGCUGUGCCAGAGAUAGAGAGAUAGGCUUAUCCCCUUUUUCCUUUGACAUUUCACAUGGUUAGCAGGAGCUUGAAUGAGGCUGCCCUAUGGUGGUCCAGUUAUCUGGCCUGAAAUCCCUUUUUAUUUGUGGCAGAAUUGAAUUUGGACCUGAAUGCUGGAGCCUUGCUUGCCAUAAAAAGGAGACAUCCUGAAUCUCUGUGUAUUUGCAUCCAGGGUUUCAGCUCUCCAAUGAGAAGUCCCUGCAGAAGGGAGCUCGACUGGUGGUGUUUAGUGAUUUCUCAGAUAACAAGAGCUUUGCGUUUCUGUGGAAUUCCCAUUUGCUUGUGAGCUGCUGCCGCUGCGAGCCUGAUUGAUAUAUGACUGCAAUGGCACUUUUCCAUUUGACAUUCUCCCUCCCUCUCUGUCUCUCUUUCACUCUCUCUUAAACAACAGCCCUAACUUUUGUGUGUUGCAAAUAUAAAAGGCAAGCCAUGUGACGGGGGACAGAAGAACAAAAGCAUUUGGAAGUAACAAGACCUCUUUUUAGCUCUUGCUUUAGGAGUCCAGAAGAGGGAAGGACGAGCAGCACAUUUUGCAAAGAACAGAGGAGAUAUAUUGAGCAGCCGGCUCACCCCUCCAGUACAGCCGAUAAUGCCAUUGGGAUGUCUGUUGGGCAGAUGACACCGAGAGAUGCUCAGGCAGAGAAUUACAUUCAGAAAUAAGCCAUACAGGAGAUGUUUUGAUGGAUUAUAACUUCAACAACGGUGGGACCCAAAACCAGCAAUGACAACCCAAAGACUUACAACAGACCCUUCACUUCCCUCAAAAAGGACUGGAUCUCGGCCUUUAGAGUUCUUUUGAUACUCUACCGCCCUCUACUGUUUCUCCUGAGAAGUUCUUCAAUGAUGGGAAAUCAUGUACUAGCCGCCUCGAUUUCUGUGCUGUCCCUUUUGGCAAUAAUGGGAGACACGGAUAGUAAAACUGACAGCACUUUCAUGAUGGAUUCGGAUCCAGGCCGCUGCAUGAGGCAUCACUACGUUGAUUCAAUCAGCCACCCUUUGUACAAGUGCAGUUCAAAGAUGGUGCUCCUGGCUCGCUGCGAGGGACGCUGCACUCAGACAUCGCGCUCUGAGCCAAUGGUGUCCUUCAGUACAGUCCUGAAACAACCUUUCCGAUCCACGUGCCACUGCUGCCGGCCACAGACUUCCAAACUGAAGGCCAUGAGGUUGCGCUGCUCAGGUGGCAUGAGGCUCACCGCUACCUACCGUUACAUCCUCUCGUGCCAUUGUGAGGAAUGCAACUCGUAGGAGGAGGAAAAAAGUUUGCUGCAGCAGAACAAGUGAAAGGGACGUGAGCUCAGCAGCACAGCUCCCAGUGGCAACAAUGGACACCAGGGUAGCCUUUCAACAGCACACUCGCACACAGGAUCAUUAAUAUGGAUUUCAUUUGCAAGCUACAUAGAGUGUGUGAACAAUGACAAUGCUUGGGAAAGUGCCAAAUCAUGAAACAGACAUCGGAAUGUAUAUUUACAUUGAAGAUAUAAACUCAUGUGAUGGGACUGGAAGGACAUGAAUAUUGAGAAAUAUAUUUUUAUUAGAAAGAUAAUAAGGGUAUAUUUUCUGUCUCAGCAGUUCUGUAAUCCUGACUAUGGGCCAAUUAGGAAUUAUGGCUCACCAUUUGAAUGUCCUGCCAGUAAUGUAACAAACACGCCGAAAAAAAGCCAAGACAUAUAGAAUAUGUACAAUGAAUGUUAUUGUGUACAGAAUAUUUUGUUCUAGAAGAAGUGAAAGAUGACGUCCCUGUAUAUAGAAGUCUAUUGUAUCUUUUAAUGUUGUCCUUUAGUUUAUAUUGGCCUUGAAAACAGACUGUGUUGAUGGUAAGAGUUAUAUUUUAUCUGGUCUGGCAUCCAAAUGUUGGACAACUUAUUGUGAUUUAGGUGCAGUUCCAGAAUAAAUAAGAGAAAAUUUAUUGAA